UUUCAACUUCAGGCCAUCAUCACAGAUGGACAUGCUGCGUGUUUUUCUGGUUGGUCUCUUAGGAGUUGUUUCUUGCAGGUCAGGAUUGGAUCAAUGUUCAGUGUCUGAGGUGACAGUCAGUCCAGGAGGCAACAUCACUCUCUACUGUGACUGUAAAACAUCAAGUGAAGCAUACAAAAUAGUGUGGUUCAGGAACUGUUCUCAUGAGAACCAGCCCACUCUUGUUCUAAAACUACAACGCAAUACAAUGAUUGAUUCCAAUAUUCUGAAUCAGUUCCCUCGUAUUCAUUUGGUUAAGAACCAGUCCUCCUAUGACCUGCUGAUCACAAACAUCUCUGAUUCUGAUGAGGGUCUCUACUACUGUGGAACUGAGCAGAAGAAGGUGGACGACAGUGCUGCCAUUAAACAUGUUUACAGAUAUGGUAAUGUCACAAGGAUCAUACUUUACCACAGCACUUACCCUGAGAUCCAUCACUUCAGUCGAACCUCGGACGUAUCCUGGAUGAUGGUGUUCACACCAGCAUUUACCAUUCUCUCCUCCUUCCUCUCAUUCAUGUUGGUUUUUCACAUCUGUCAAAAAACAGCUAAAGACCCUCAAGUUCACAUGAGAAGACCUGACACCAAACAUCAGACAAGAUGGAAUCAGGAUGAAGAUGUGUUUUUAACACGGGUUGUGUUCCGGGCUCAGGAUCAAUAAACACACCAGUACACGGAGGCUGGACGGCACAUGGCACAUAUGCAUUUCAUUUCCUCUCGUCCUUCUGGCUUGUUAUUGUGUGUGUGUGGUUCAAAUCACAUUGCUAAAAUUAUUAGUGGGCUGAUAAUCAGCCUAUACAACAGACUCCCUUUAACUCAUGCAUAUGUAUAUGUACAACCUCAUUACAUUUUCAUUAAUUUUCUUAUAGUCGCCAUGUUUUAAUUGUGUUUCGUUAAUGUGCAUUUCCAUUUUUUAUUAUGAUUAAUUUGAAAUAACUAUAUAUAUGAAAUAUUUU